UGUAUGUAAAUACAGUAGGGUAAAGUUUAUAACAAACUUGUAAGCGUUUUAGGUGAUUUUUUCGCUGACAACUGAAAAGAAAAAUCAAAAGGGUUUUUUAGUAUUUUGUUCGCCGAGGAACAAAAACCGCUUAGGAGACGUUCUAAGUGUAAACAUGGGAAACCAGCUGGUGAAAAGUGGCGGGGGUGUGGACAGGGAGGCCCCAAUUCCAAAAAUGAUGAGUAAAAAAUAUGGGGAAAUUGUGCUUGACUGUGCUGAUUAUUGGGUAAGCAUGGGCAUUUUUCCUAAAACGGGGACUUUAAGCAUACAGAAGUUGAAUGAGAUGAAGGAAAAAUUAGAGAAACAGUGGGAGGCUAAGAAAAAAGAUAAGCGAAUCAAGGUUAGGGAUUAUAAACAAUGGGAGUCGUGUAGCAAAUGUGUUGGAAUGUGGUUGGAGGAGGCUGAGUGUAGAGAUAGGAGAAAGAAUGGUAAACAAUUGGCAGGAGUGGGAGAUGAAGGCGGGGCCGUGAUAGGUAGAACAGACAAUGCCUCGGCUCCGCCGCCGCUUUACAAUACACUGCUUUCCCCUCCCCCUUGUGUCUCUGUGCAGGCUGCAAAAGUGGACCCGGAUCUGGACGUCUGCCCGCCGCGCCGCCCCAUCAACCCACAUCCCCUCCAGGUUUUCUCGGUCGAUACCUCCCAUCCGGUACCGACACCACGAGCCCCCAGGGCCGGGGUCCUCCCAUCUUCUCCACUGCGCAUGCCCGACUCGACUGACCCCGCCCUGAUGGGUGGGGCUGCUGAUGAAAGUCUGACGUCUAAGACAAGAAGCGGAAGAGCAUACCACCAUGAGGGAGGCCCGGCGGGGCCUUCGACCUCACAGAUGCCCAUGGUGGAAGUCAGCGGGCCGGACGGGCCCAUCUUGGUGUUCAGACCAUGGACAUUUGCUGACCUAAAGGAGAACGCUGCUUUUCUGCCUAAUCCAGUAGAUGACGGUGCGAAGUUCGCCACUGAGCUGCGGACAUUCUGCCAAGAACACAGGCCCACCGGGGUCGAGCUCAGGCGUCUUCUAGGGGGUAAGAUGGGCCCUAGUGACUUGGCGAAGAUCCGGGACAAGAUCCCCAGGGACGACCUGAGGGUUCAACAGACUGAGUGGGCACAUGCCGAGAACGCUGUCUAUAGGGAGGCGGUAGAAAAGCUGUGUACCGCACUGACAGAGGUUUUUCCCUCCCGGGGCUCACUGACGGCCUUGAGAGCCCUGAAACAGCGGCCUGAUGAGGCAGUGGAAGACUUUGUGUGCAGGGCCGAAGAGGAGUUCACCAAAAACUCCGGCUUGGCCCGCCCUUCCCCCUUGGGAGACAGCGCAGGCCCAUGGGAGAAACUGCUUUGCCAGACCAUGAUGGACGGCUUUCUGAAAGACAUUGGGACUGUCAUUCGCUCCCACUACGUGGGCAUGGCGCAAGUUUGUCGUCUGGAAGAGCUGGUGCGACACGCACAUCAUGCCCAGGAUGUCGUCAGGCAGAGACAGAAAGACAGAGAUGACAAACAAGCUAAAUCUCUUUCCUCUGCUUUGACUCUGCUUGCCAUGCCGCGUAACAAUGGAGAGCGGCGUGGAGGGGGGAAGGGACCGGAAACCAGCCGUGCGCCGCCUGUUGCCGGAGGAAGGGGUGGUCCACCGUCACGUGAGGGGGCGUGUCACCUCUGUGGCCGGCAAGGACAUUGGAAGCGGGACUGCCCACAGAGGAAGAGGAGGAGACAGCCACGAAGAGGGAACAGGGGCGGGGAUUGACUCGCGGCCUUGAGGGGCGGACCUCCAGACUCGGAUUCCACGCCCACUGCUGGGUCUGCAGCUCUGCCUCAGGGAGGAGGAGUACAGGUAUUGGUGAAAUCAGCAUUACCGGUUCCUGCAGAGGGGCCGCUCCAUCCGCUGCAGCCAGGGGAUUGGAUCCUGGUCCGGGACUUCAGGCGAAAGCACUGGAAGCAGCGCAGGUGGCGAGGACCUUUCCAGGUGCUCCUGACGACGCACACAGCGGUCAAGGUUGCUGAACGUGCCACGUGGAUCCACGCAACCCACUGUAAGCGGUUUCUGGGAGAACCGCCAACUGCUGCAGCCGAGGACGG